AUGGCGGUUGUCAGCCAGACAAAGACAGUCAGUCUGAUGUGAUAGAGACAAGGGAGGUUUUCAGGGGGAGACUGGGAGAUAGGGGCCUCCCCUCCCCCUUCUCCUCUUCCUGCGCCGGCCUCAACCCCUCCCCAGUCCCCUCCCGACUGGCGCCCCACGCGGAAGACACCCCUCCCCCUCCCGCUUUCCCCUCCUCCCUGCCUCAGCCCUUCGUACUGGGACGUUGGGGAGGGGGCUGUGCCGGGCGGAGAGAACUCAGCAAGGAUUCUGAGAAUGGUUAAUAACGCUGAUCAUCUCUAGGAAGGAUAUUGAUUCACCUCAUGUAAAGUAUGCUCAGUUCCUUUCCAGUGGUUUUGCUGGAAACCAUGUCUCACUAUACAGAUGAACCCAGAUUUACCAUAGAGCAGAUAGAUCUGCUUCAGCGCCUUCGGCGUACUGGAAUGACUAAACAUGAAAUUCUCCAUGCCUUGGAAACUUUGGACCGUCUUGAUCAAGAGCAUAGUGACAAGUUUGGAAGAAGGUCCAGCUAUGGAGGAAGUUCUUAUGGAAAUAGUACCAACAAUGUUCCAGCAUCUUCCUCUACAGCUACAGCUUCCACACAGACCCAGCAUUCUGGAAUGUCCCCAUCUCCUAGCAACAGUUAUGAUACCUCCCCACAGCCUUGCACUACUAAUCAAAAUGGGAGGGAGAAUAAUGAGCGAUUAUCCACGUCCAAUGGAAAGAUGUCACCCACUCGCUACCAUGCAAACAGCAUGGGUCAGAGGUCUUACAGUUUUGAAGCCUCAGAAGAGGACCUAGAUGUAGAUGAUAAAGUGGAGGAAUUAAUGAGGAGGGACAGCAGUGUGAUAAAAGAGGAAAUCAAAGCCUUUCUUGCCAAUCGGAGGAUUUCCCAAGCAGUUGUUGCACAGGUAACAGGUAUCAGUCAGAGCCGGAUCUCUCACUGGCUGUUGCAGCAGGGAUCAGACCUGAGUGAACAGAAGAAAAGAGCAUUUUACCGAUGGUAUCAACUUGAGAAGACAAACCCUGGGGCUACACUAAGUAUGAGACCAGCCCCCAUUCCAAUAGAGGACCCAGAGUGGAGACAAACACCUCCCCCAGUCUCUGCCACAUCUGGCACCUUCCGACUACGGCGAGGGAGUCGAUUUACCUGGAGAAAGGAGUGCCUGGCUGUCAUGGAAAGUUACUUCAAUGAGAAUCAAUACCCAGAUGAAGCUAAGAGAGAAGAAAUUGCCAAUGCUUGCAAUGCAGUUAUACAGAAGCCAGGCAAAAAACUGUCUGAUCUGGAACGAGUUACCUCCCUGAAAGUAUAUAAUUGGUUUGCUAACAGACGGAAGGAGAUCAAGAGGAGAGCCAAUAUUGAAGCAGCAAUCCUGGAGAGUCAUGGGAUAGAUGUACAGAGUCCAGGAGGCCAUUCCAACAGUGAUGAUGUUGACGGAAAUGACUACUCAGAGCAGGGAUGUCUCUGUUGAUGCGGUUCCAGGCUCGGCUCCUCGAGAAUGUUAAAGGAGCCUGCUUCGCGAGGUCUGCAGCUACUGAGUGGGGAGGAUAGGGGAGAGCAAGCAGUCAGUCCGUCCGUGUCCGCAGCUGGGAAGGGCAUCCAGAUCCAAGAGGGCAAAGAGUCAGAUAAUCAUAGUUAAAAACACAAUGAUUCAUUUGCCAUCAUUAAUCACUGGAACCCUGGCUGCCUCCCCCUGUCCUCUCUUCCGAGAUUUGAGGGGUCAGGGUGUCUGCUCACAGGGGCUCAGAAGGGCCAUCAUCGCGGGGGGCGAAGCAAGAUCAAAAGUGCGUCUUUGAAAAUGAGUGUGAGGUUAUUUGUUUGCUUCUUUUUUAAAGUAACUGAAGUCUGACCUAAAUUCGGGGCCUUUAUUAAAUGUGGGUGUACGACGGAUUAUUUUGUGACUGCACUCUGUUCACAUCACGGCACUAAGCAGCGCUCAGAUGAUUUGUUGGUGCAUUAGAAAGUUUUUGCAAGAUGGACAAAUCCAUACCCAGGCACUUUAUUUUCAUUAAUAAUCCAGCGUUUUUGUUCAGACAAUGUAAUAACCCAAAUGGUGGGCAUUCACAUUGAACAGGUAUGGGCAGAUUUGCCAGAGGAAUCCUUUGGAUUUGGAUAGACAAGGGAGGCGGGUUAAUGAAAGUGAUCCAGUGGCAGACCGCUGCCGUGGUGGUGACGGUGCUGACGAGAGGGAGGCUGCCCUGGAGCAACCCGGAGUCGGCCGUGUGCUGCUGCUCGGUCCUGCGGAUGCUGGUGUUGACAGCUUCCCCGGGUGCUUGUCAGUUGUCCCAGAGGCGCGUGCGCGGGGACUGCAGCAGCGCAGGGGACGGCAGUGCGGUGCAGCACGAGGCGGAGGAGGCCCGCCUGCUUCUCCAUUAACCGGACCCGAACACUCCGGCGGCCGCGCAGUGCUGGGGACUCGUUCCGGUGGCGGAACCACGUGCAGCUCUGUCUGCCUGUCCAUGGCAGGGGUGGGAACGAGCUGGCGCAGCUGGUUAUAUAAUGGAAAGUGAGUUUGACGGUCAUAAUCUGAUCAGAUACCAUGGACCAGAUGCCUUGGGACUGCCUGAAAGUCUUUAGUGUCCACCAAAUACUCGAGUAUCUGCGACGGGCUGUGUGGGGUCCCUGCCAGAUGGGUGUGGGGGCAGAGCGCCCUUUCCCUGCCUUGGCCGUCGUGUGUCUUAGUCUUUGUGUUUCCUUUUGGUGUCUCCUGGUCUCUGUCCCCCAUCUUGUGCACCAUGUGUCCCUGAGGGGAGUCGCACCUGUGUCUGAGUCUGCUGUAAGGUGUUCAGUCUACCUCAAGGGGUCAUCAUGGUCAACUCUGUCCCAUAGCAAUCCUCUGACAUCGCCACACACACUGGAAUGUAUAUCUGCCCCUGGCCCUGCCUUCCCUGUCAGUAACCUCCUGACCCCAUCUUUCCUGUAAUCACCACAAACUCCUAGUGCAAAUUGGAUGCUGCUUUAAAUGUGAAAACAAUUGUUCAAAAGCUAUAAAACCUGAAUGAAAGCUAAAGCUGAAUUUAUAAGCCUUGUUGCAUAUGAGCCAAAAGUGCAAAAAGCUCUAUAUAAUGAACUAACCUGCCACUCGUAUAAAUAUAAAUAUAUAUAAAUAUAUUAAAAUCAGACUGUUCUACAAAAUUGUGUAUUUGUAUUUUUGUGUACGUACAAUUUUCUGCUAAGCAGAAGGAGGAUGUAGUAUAGGAUGCUGUGAGAAGAGAUUUGGUUUAAUCCUAUUUCUUUGUUACUUAUUUUUGUUAACAUCAGAUGCCUGUCUUUGUCUUAUAUGUGUAUGACACUGUUUGGAAAGCUGCAGUAUCUCUCUUCCUUAGGUCCAGAGUCCAUUAGAGAAUGAAAUCUGGGGUUUAGAGAGUUGUCCAGGCCACCAAACAUGCAGAAGUGGACAGAGCUUGGCCCUCUCCUGCCCAGGAGCUGCUCGCUGUCCUGAGGCAGCAGUGAGGCAGGGCACUGGCCUCUGGGAAGCAGAAUCCCACUUCCAGAAAGCAACUUCGAAAACAAAAGAUUGUCAGAUCUCCCUAACAGAAAACUCCACCGGGUCCCUCAGGAGGAGAUGCAGGACCUCUCAGUUCUGGGCCAGAAGUCUGCCCAGAAAGUAGCAGGGGGCUCUGCCUGGCUCUAGUGCCCCGCUCACUGGCCGUCCCUGGGCUCUGUGUCCCUCUGCCUUUUUCAGACCAGGUUACCAAAAUGCCUCCCCUCUGCUGAGCUGCUGGCGCUUCAUCACCCAGACCUGCAGCCCCAGUUCCCUGGAGCAUCUCAGAACCCACUUUCCCGGUGCUAACACACAAGAGGGGGGUAAAGUGGCUGCCAGUAACGGCCAGAAACCAACCAUCUGAGAGGCCAGGCCGGAAGACAAGCUCUGUGCGCCCAGGGCGGUCGCCUUUCCCCGGGGAAGGCGUCCGGCGCCCCGCCCGGGCCCCACCCCCGCCGCCCGCCCACCUCUCAGCCCCACGGCAGUCCCUCUUGGCGUGAACCUUGUCUAGGGAGAGCGAUACUGCACCUUCACCUGUGGGACUCAUAUUUAUAACAAUGUGUAAUGACUGUAGCAAAAAGCCCUUGUUUCUAGAUGUAAAUGGUCAAAGGAACAAGUGCUCUAUUGUAUUGAUUAAAAUAGUUCAAAUGAGUCCUGUAUCAUUGUAUCUCCUAUUCUGGAUUAGUGCCUUUUGGACAGUAGACUGUUCUGUAAUUAAAAUGUAGUAUACUGCUUUUUUGUACAGUUUUGUUUUAAUAAAACUUUUUUUUAAUUUGUGUUUAUUUUAGUAUUGUACCUAUUAGAGAAUAAAA